AUGAACUCGACGAUUGCAACUAUUUCUUCUCAACUUCAACUUACCCACCAAGCUUUUGGGAAUAGUCCAUCAGUGUCUCAUAUUCUUACUCCAAAGAUGGUGACUUGGCAACAUGGAGAUGAGGACACCAUGAUCCUCAAUGUUGAUGGAAGUGCUUUGGCAAAUCUAGGAAAAGUGGGUUAUGGUGGUCUAAUUAGUAAGCACGACGGCAAUUUCCAACUUGGUUUUUUCGAAAGUGUGGGGAUCUUUAAUAUCCUUCAUGCUGAGAUUCAAGCUCUCUGGAUUGGAAUUAAGUUGUGUUGGGAGGCAGGCUAUAAAAAACUUAUGUGUUACUCUGACUCUCUUCAUGUGGUGCAAUUGGUGUCGACGGACACACCACGUUUCCAUCAUUAUGCAAAUAUCUUGAAACUUAUCGGAAACUACCUUGCUAAGGAUUUGACAGUUACUAUUUACCAUAUCCUUCGAGAAGGAAAUUCAUGUGCAGACGUUCUCGCUAAGUUGGGACUAAUGGUUCAUAAUAUCUUGUCACGGUCAAUGAAUCUCCCUCUUAUUUAUCAUUUGUUUUAA